AUGAGGGCUUCCAUCGCUGCUGUGGCUAUUGGCCUUUCGACGGUGCCCGGCACUGUUGCGUGGGGAUCACUGGGCCACAUCACCACUGGAUACCUGGCCAGCCACUUUGUCGAGAAUACGACGCAGGUCUUCUUCCAGGAGCUUCUCCGAAGCGACGACAACGACUACCUGGCCAAGGUUGCCUCGUGGGCCGAUUCCGUUCGGUACACGAAAUGGGGCCGCUUCACAAAGAACUUCCACUUCAUCGACGCUCACGACAAUCCCCCUCACUCGUGCAACGUCGACUUGAAACGGGACUGCAAAACGGACGGCUGCGUGAUUAGCGCCUUGGCCAAUUACACCGAGCAGUCUCUCGAUCCAAGCCUGCCAGCUUGGCGCCGUGCCCAAGCCGCCAAGUUCGUCAUCCACUUUGUGGGCGACCUGCAUCAGCCGUUGCACAAUGAAGACGUCGCCCUCGGAGGAAACCGCAUUCAUGUCCUGUGGGAUGGUAAGGAGUACAACCUGCACCACGUCUGGGAUACCUCCAUCGCGGAGAAGUGGAUUGGGGGGAAGCGCGGAAAGCCCUAUGUCCUCGCCGAAAGGUGGGCCAACCAGCUGGCCGGCGAGAUCAGAGACGGCAAAUUCUCAGGCCAGGUAGACGCUUGGCUGGACGACCUCAACUUUGAAGAUGCCGUAGAGACGGGCAUGGCCUGGUCGAGGGAAGCAAAUGCCUUUGUGUGCACUCAUGUGCUACCCGAUGGCCCGGCGGCAAUUGUGAACCAAGAACUUGGCGGCGCCUACUUCAAAAAGGCUGGUCCAGUGAUAGAGCUACAGGUUGCGCGUGCUGGACUGCGGAUGGCUGCUUGGCUUGACCAAAUAGCCAAGCGAUACCCUACGGCUGAGAGAGGGGAGCCAUCGUUUGAACUCUAA